CGCCUUAUGCUGCACACACACACACGUGUCUUCUGCUACAGGGAGGGAAAACAUAGCAACAGCUAGACUCAAAACAGGAAGAGUGGUCUCCCUGAGAGCACUUGACUCACUCACGAACUUUGUUGAGAUUGAAACGAUGUUAUUAACUUUAGAGAGUCAUUAGUGGACGGCAAGUUACAAGUAACACUAGGAAAUCAGAACGACCGACAGCUGCCUUUUGUUUUGACCAUUACGUCAUCGAUCUGUCCGAAAUGAAUGUACUGUUUUUGCGAUACGAACUCAGGAUGUGUUUACCUUACAGACGCAAAGAUGCAAAGAACAUGAUCAGGACUGAUGGCCUCUCUAAAAGUGAGGCGACUCGGCGGGACAAUGGGACGACACCACCCCAGAUGCUGCACCUUUUAUCCGCUGUCUUCGUGUGGCUUGUGACGGGCACGACCAUAUCCAGCCUAAACAAAUGGAUAUUUGCCGUGUACAACUUCAGGUAUCCUCUGCUUCUGUCAGCGCUGCAUAUGCUCACAGCGAUAGUGGUGGACUACGGACUGAUCAAGCUGCAAGUCAUCCGUCACCGAGGAGUCGGUGAGCAGGACUUGACAGCCAGCGCCAAGUUCAAGGUGUUCCUUCUGAGUUUGACUUUUUGUGCAAGCAUCGCGUUUGGGAACGUGGGGCUCAACUAUGUCCAGUUGUCUUUCGCACAGAUGAUCUAUACCACCACACCAAUUUUCACGUUGGCCAUAUCUACUCUCAUCCUCGGAAAACAACACCACAUGCUAAAGUACACCGCUAUGAUGCCAAUCUGCCUCGGAGCCUCUUUCAGCAUUAUGGGCGAGGUCCAGUUCGACCAGACGGGCUGCCUUUUCGUUGUCGCCGCCACAAUGCUACGAGGUGUUAAGACCAUUCAACAAAGCAUCCUACUCCAGGAGGAGAAGAUCAACUCGGUCUUCCUCCUCUACCUCAUGUCCAUCCCCAGCUUCUGCAUCCUGUUCGUGGCCGCCCUGGCGCUGGAGAACUGGGCCGUGCUGGAGUCGCCCUUCAGCUACGACCGGCACCUGUGGCUCUUCAUCCUGCUCAGCUGCCUGGGCUCGGUGCUGUACAACCUGGCCAGCUGCUGCGUGAUCACGCUCACCUCGGCCGUCACGCUGCACAUCCUGGGCAACCUGAACGUGGUGGGCAACCUGCUGCUCUCGCAGCUGCUCUUCGACAGCCAGCUGUCGGCCCUCAGCUGCGCCGGCGCCGCGCUCACGCUCUCCGGCAUGCUCAUCUACCAGAACUCCGAGUUCAUCGCCGGCUACCUGGACGCGCGCCGCGCCCGGCGGGCCCAGGAGAGCCGGGCGGACGGGGACGGGGAGACGACGGACAGGGACGCGGCGGUCGCUCCGCUGCUGGACUGCUGCUCGAGGGCGCAGGACGAGGACUCCAGCCUGCUGACGGAGAGCCAGUCCGGGGAGGAGUCGGCGUCGGCAGCGGAAGAGGAGACGCCCGUCUUGGAUGGAACGCCAGAGGAGGAGAGGCAUGAGGUGAAAGAGGAGACUUUAGACAGCCACAAGGACAAGCUGGACUGAGGCGGUCAGCAGCAGAGUGAGUGAUGGCGAAAGACACCGUGUGGACUGCUCACAGUAGGUGGAGCACAUGCUGACGCAGGUGGGCAGCAUGAGCCUCCGAGGUGAGGAGCGCUUCCAUGCCUCGGAAAACGGACGGACAGACACGCAGCGUUCAGAACUCUCCGCAUCAGUCCCCUCUCUCCCUCUUUUUUUUUUUUUUUUAAAGUUUCUCCUUCCUGCCCUCCCCUUACCUCCUCACUGUGCCAACUUUUUAUUUAUUUUAUUAUCGUCCUCUGUGAGGGGAGAUGAGGUCAGUCCUGAGAGGCACUGAGAUUGAUGCUCACUGGCAGAUAGAGAUGCCUUUUUGCAAAAGUGUCCACUGUAGAGUAGAGGUGCACCCCCCCCCCCCCCCCCCCUCCCCCAGCCUGCUCACUUUCUCAAAGAGGGGCUGCAGAAGCCAGAGCUCCAGGUGUGGCCAGAUGUGGUGAGCUCAUAUCACUCUUUGUCCUCCUCAUACCACUGUGAAAAUUGGCUGAAGCAAGCAUGCACUCCUUUUUGUUAGUCUUUUUGUUUUUAAGGGGGGGGGGGGGCAUUGCCUGGUAACCUUUUCGCAUGCACCACAUGGGCAGAAGCGAGAAUGUUGAUGCACUUUUUCAGUACAAAGAAAACUUGCAAAAUGGCACAAUAUUGUUUACCAAGAAAGAGGAACUUUCUGAGACAACAGGAAAUGGGUCUGGUCUUCACACUCCUCAGCUGUAAUCUUGGGCCCUUUGCUCGUGUGUGAAAUGAUCUGAGAACAGGCGAGAUGGUUUACAUCCCUGAUGGCAGUCAUGAUGUUUUCACUGACUCAUCCGUCCUCUUCCUGUGAUCAGAUCAGUUCUCACUGGGCUUACAGGGGCCGCGGAUGUAAAGCACAGGUGGGCAUAUCGGCUUUCAAAGGGCUCUCGUGUGCCAGGCAGGUGUGCCAAGGUCGCCUUUGGGCAGGAGAAGAUUAGUCUGACUGUCUGUCAGUCUGCCUUUUCUUGGCCAAAGUCACCUUCACCACACACUGGCUCAUCAGGAAUAGACAUGCCAAGCCAUUGUGUAUAAUUAGAGGUACUGUUCCAACCAAACCUCCCUAUACUACUGGGGAGGUUAACUUGAGGCAGCUUACUGUAUGGGAGGCCAUGUGUCAUAUGAGCAUGCGGUUGUUUUAUUACUCUUUUUGUUUUUUUUAUUUAUUUUUUUGGUCUUGAUUUUGUUUACAGUUGGAGACGUGUUCCUCAUUACGUGGUUUGACGCACACAUCAUGCUUGCCGAUGUUUGGUAUGCAUUAUUAUUCUUUUUUUUUAUGACUGUGGAUAGCCAGCAGGUACGAGCAUCCUUUGAUGUGAACAACCAUCAAACUUCGAAAAAAAGAGGGGUCAAUGUUUCUCCUCUAACAGGCCAGCCAUGUUUAUCCUUCCUGUCCCAUCAUCCUAUCCUGUUCCACCUGUGGUUGCUCUCAGUGAACUUCCCAACCCCUGAAGAAACCUUCACCAGCCCUUUGUGUUUGAGUGCCGAGUGGCAUUGGAACGUGACCUGAUGAGCACUGAAUGGUUUUCUGUUGGCGUUCUGUCGGCAGGCUUUUAUUAAUAGUUCUCAGUCUCGCAUGGGUCUCGCUCCAUUUUCAAACUGAGUCUUCCCUGUGGAGAUGUCUAGAAUGAGGCUCACGCCAGCGUCCCUCAGAGGAGACAUCCAACACCAUCCUGCUUCAUGCCUUACGUCUCAUGGCCUAGAUGGGUGCUGAUUGUCAUUGAGAAAAAAAAAUGUUUUACUUCUUUUAAAUUAUUUAUUGUUAUUGAGAGUUUUAUCUGACCUCGAAAAAGACAGUAUUAUUAGUAGUCACUCCAAUUUUUUGGUGUGUGGAAAUUUGUACUUUUUGGAAAUUUUUUGACUGGGAGGAAAUAGUGUCUCUGUAAGGGUUCUUGCACUGCGGCUCCGUUGAGGUUAGUCUGUGCUGAACGUAUGCUGUGGCGCCACCUGCUGGGUGGAAUGAGCACUUUGGUCCUUUAAAGGCCCUCACGUAAAUCAAGCAGUGUAUUUAGAAAACAUUUUGAAGAAUUCAUGUCAGACAUUUUAGAGAAGGCGGUUCAAGAUGGAGGUACUCGAGGUGCUGUCCAGCACAUUCAAGGAGUACAUUUUGAUCCUUGCAAUCAUUCCUAGCCUUUUUGUUCAUGAUGUAAGCAUGAGGGGAGAUGGUUACCAUUAAUGGCAAUCAGAAAAAUACAUCUUCCCUUACUGCUAUGGUAAUAAACCUGAAAUCAUCACAAUAAUUCAUUUGCCCAUUUUAUGCUCAGUGCCUAUUAGUCGUAUAAGACAAAACAUGUGCAUACAAAAACAAUGUGCAUAAUCUUAGACGAAAUAUGCACGGCUGUGCACCAAGUCUUGGAUGUAUUUCUUUUUUUCCUUUUUUUUAAAAACUAUUCUGCCACCUUGUCAGCGGUCGGUCUGGUCCUAAUACCAUCCAAUGAGAUCCAAAUACCAUGCUAGACUAGCCUACGUAUAUUUUUGAAAAGAAUGUUGAAAAACAGGUUUUCUUUGUGUUUUGAAGGAGGACCAAAUUUGUCACAUGUUAAAGAUUGAAAACCGGAUUUUGCACAUUAAAAUAUAAAUAGUGUCAGAUUUGUACACAUACUAAGCAGAUCGUACAAAAUAAUCAGCCUCUUUUCCUCAUCUGCUCCAUAUUUUCUGUAUUUUUUUUUUUUUUUUUUUUUUUUUUAAAUUUUAAAAAGUGUCUUUUGAUAACGGGGAUUGCAUUAUUUGCGUUUCUGUAAUAAGUGACAUAACACAAUUCUUAGACCGUAUAUCUACUCCAUCCUGUACAGAACACAGAACAAGAUCACAAUGUUUUACUUUCUUUACGCUCUGCUGACAUCUAGCUAGUCUUGUGUUCUUGUGCUGAGGGGAGGUGGCGGAAAUAACUGUUCCACGUGUCAGUGCAGCGGUCAGAGCGUUUAGAGGCGCCCCCCCCCCCCCCCCCCCCC